AUGUCGUGUCAUAUCCCUGGGAACAUUAGCACGUACAACGAAGAGACGGCACCACUGAUUGACAAGCUCAAGCAGUCGUAUGUGCCUAUCGAUGUGAAGGCGGCUUUCAACCAGCUUCUCGAGCAUCUGCACAACGACGAGCUAGAGGCUUGUAUCGACGCCGGAGAAGAACUUCUGAAGAAACGCAUCCCCGAUACUACAUGUACGAGAGUCCACACCUUGAUAGCAUCCUGCCUCGAGGACCCUGAUGAGAUGGAGGAGCACUACGAGAAGGCCUUGAACCUCUGGACACUCUUGAACGCGGAACAUGCUAACACACGCAUCGAACCAUGGCUUCGAGAGGUUCGCACUCAACUCGACGCCCUUCGUGAUGCUAUUCAAGAAGAGAGAAGCGAUGAGAUUACGCCCGAGCUCACUAUGAGCGCCAUCGCCAUCGUAGAGUCAGCGCCGACUUUUGGUCCUUCAAGUACUUCUUCUCCUGAUACCUCGCCCGCUCGGUCCUCAGCAUCGUCAGCUGCUAGUUCAGCACUCAGCGCCACGACCAAUUCGCGUCUUUCCGGCGCGAUCGCAUCGCCUGGACAACAAACGCUUAGACUGCAUGAUCAUCUCGAUAUGUCACCUGCUGAUAUUCUCAAGCUCGCAUGGGAUCCCAACAGGACUAUCCGAGGCCGCACUGCAUCGUCAAAGACACUUCCAUCCCGCCCCUUCAAGAGACGCGCAUCCAGUACUUCUCAGAGUACUCGAGGGAGUACUUUACCAGAGAGUGCUUCAUCCGAGAGUGCUUCAUCCGAAAGUGCUUCAAGAGAAAUUCCGUCCACUCCUCCUCCGUCAACUCCUUCGAAGACGCUCCCGCCCACUCAAGGUAUGGCAAAUGCAAAACGAAGCAAUAUGUUUGACUAA